AUGCCUGGGUCUGCUCUAGCGCGUCUGUCGGAAACUCGGCACCUCGGCAGUGGUGCUGGUAGUACGUCCGCGAUACACAAAAUACGGGUGAAACCAGGCAAAACACGCGCAACGAGUUACACGAGCUACGAUACGAGCGACGUGACGGACAACAAUACAACGUCAUUCAUUCGGUUGUAGCGUCGAGAGUUCUGAGAGAGUUGGAGGCCACGGCCGGAUAGCCGUUCACCAGGUGGCGACUGUGUCCACCAAGAGUCACCGUGAUCAGGUUGAUCAGGCGACUUGUGGGUACGUUGAGAGGUUGCUAGUUUAUCGUGUAUCCGUUUCGCCACAUGUUGAUUGACGACGAGUUGAAAACGAGAAGAGAUUGAAACGUCUUUGCGGCAAUCUCUUCGCCGCCAUUUGGCACGCGUCGCUCGCGGUGGUUUGCGGUGAUUUGCGGGUCGUCAGUCAUACGUUCUUUCUCUCUCUUUCUCCCCUCUCCCAUUCUCUCUCUCUCUCUCUCUCUCUCUCGCUCUCGCGCGCGCUCUCUCUCUCUCUCUCUCUCUCUCUCUCUCUCUCUCUCUCUCUCUCUCUCUCCCUUCUUUCCUUCCUUUGCCACAAGCUUCGUUUUGACCGAGAGUUGUACGGCCGAGAGUUGCGAAUCGUAGGCAACAACGCAACUUUCUACACUCUGUCGAGGAACAGCCGUUGCUUAGUGUUACGUCACGCGGUCAAUCAUCGAGCAUCAUCGAGACACGAUCGUGGUGCUCAGUUCAAGUGCCCAGCAUCCACCCCCAUCACUGUGUGUGUGUGUGUGUGUGCGCGUGCGCGCGUGUGUGUGUAUUAUAUAUAUAUAUAUAUCGCGUACGCGCGUCCUCCGUUUCGACCGAGGAAUUGUCUUCAGCUUGAGAGCUGUUGUAUCUGUUUCGCGGUCACGACAGCAUCUCGUUUCAGUCGGUCAAAAGUCACUUUCGCAGAACUUUCGUGUUUGAUCGUCUCGCGCGUUGUAUAUUUAUUUGUCGUGAAUCACUUUGCACUCGGGCUUGUUUCAAUAUAACCUAAAAAGCUUGUGAAUGUUGAUAGUUUUCGCAGCCCUUGCAGCUUCCUUUUUUCUUCUUUUCCAUCACCAUCUUAUCUUUUUAGUUCUUUUUAUCUUCGUUCUUGUCCUCAUCUUUAAUUUCAUUUUUCUCUUCCGCUUUACAGCCCUGUUCUUAGCCUCACCCUUGUCUCUUUCUAUCCCAUCGAGAGUCAUUUUUGACUUGCGAGAAAUUAUACAUCGUCGACAAAGCGUAAGAGCGUUGCUUAAAUAGACGUGGUAGUCGCGUACUACUUUCGCCCUUGUCCCCUACCCCAUCCCCAUUCCUUUUCUCAUUCUUAUUCUCAACCGUAUCCACGGGCGUGAAAACGGAUCUUUUUGACAUCGAGUGGUCAUCAGUCAAGUAGUCAAAAUUCCGGUCCCUACUAGGAAACGAGAAGGCCUCCAACAAACAGGCGGCAGAACUCCAUCAACGAUUGGUGAAGGACUGUCAAGCAAAAUGAAUAGCAAGAGGAAGAAUCGUACGAAUAAUAACAGGUACUGCCAAUCACUUGGCUUUCCUCGUCAAGAUCAUAAUAGCAGAUCUCCACGAGCACGUGGGCCAGAAAGAGGUGUUACAGCUGAGGGGGUUUAUGGCAAUGCUUAUUUUAUGCAUGCGGCCACUAUUCAAGUUGGCAACACAGUACAGAUUCAAACUCAAAAUGGUUCGGUAUACGAAGGUGUGUUUAGAACAUUUUCGAGUCAAUUUGAUGUAGUGUUGGAGAUGGCUCAUCGAGUGGAGAGCUCAGGAAAGAUUAGCGUAGAUAGUGUAGUAGAGAAAUUAAUUUUUAAAACGCAAGACAUUGUCACUAUAUCUGCCAAGGAUGUUGAUUUAGAUUAUGCUAUAAGAGAUACUUUCCAAACGGAUACAGCCAUUAGUAAGUUUAAUGGUUUAAUCGGCGAGAAGGAACUUGAGCCCUGGGAUCCUCCAGCUACUAUGAACGGUGCUGAUUUAGAAUUGGACGGUGCUGCUAACGGUUGGGACGUACAUGAGAUGUUUCGUAAAAACGAACAAGAUUAUGGAGUUCAAACAACAUUUGAGCCUUCCUUGGUUGGUUAUACUCUACAAUUACAACGCAAGGACACAAAGGAUUACAAGGAACAAGAGCAAAAGGCUGCUGAAAUAGCAAAUGAGAUCGAAUCUCAACCAAAUCAUAAAGCUAGAUUAGAAUUGGAAAAUGGUGAUGAGGAGGAACGUUUCGCAGCUGUGGCUAGACCCACAGAAGGGAAAUAUAUUCCGCCACCGUUAAAAAAGAAAAAUGGUAACACUAGCAAAUUGAGAUCCAGCGAGCCUCCAUCUUCGCCAGGAACCACAAACAAUAAGAAUGUCUACAGUCAACCUCCUCCGUCCACGGUCACGGUCAAUGUCUCACAGCCGAGUGUGCCGGUCGUAGUGGCACAGCCCACUCAUACCUCUGUGCAGCAUCCGGUAUCCUUAAAUAUGAGUAUGCCGCCCAACGGAGUGGUUGUCACAUAUAAUAAUCCACCACCGCCGUUUGUGCCUCCACCGACGACGCAGUCGCAGCAAGUAAUCCAGCAGAAUCAAUCGCAAUCUCAAGUUACUUCUUCGAUGUCGCAAGUAAGCUUCUCAUCACAACAGACACCCCAGAAUAAAAUAAAUACAGAAAAACGUGAGCGACCUGGCAGACAACAGGUUUAUCAAGCUGAUAAAGCGCCACCAGCACCAUUUUCGCAAUCAAACGUUACGUCCUCUCAUCAACAGCAACAGUCUUCACAUCAGCAACAUACACCAUUGACACAACAGAACUCUGUAGAAGGAAUAGUCAUACAUAAGUCGGAUCAUAGAAAGGUUCCAACACCACGUGGAAGAGAAGAACAACAUUCGGAACUGAGACAAUUCGCUACGGAAUUCAAAUUAGCGGAAGCGCAAGGACCGCCACCGGAUACUUCUCAAAUAUCCAGAAAACAGCAGCAUCAGCAUCAACAAGAUAUACAUUCCGCUACUCCAAUGAAUCAGUCACAUCAUCAAGGUUCGCAUCAACAUACGAGUUCACAGCAGCAAUCGCAGCAACAGGCACCUGCACAACAGCACACCAGUCCUCAUCAGCAACAUCAAACAGUACAAGAGGAUCCAGUUAUCAGUAAGCCACCACCUGGUCCACCAAGAUCCGCAAGUCCGCCUCAACAGCAACAACAACAACAACAACAACAACAGCAGCAACCGCAGUCGCAAUCGCAACAGCAACAACCACCACCACAACAACCACAACCACCACCACCAUCACAACCACCUCAGACUAAUACUCCCACAGUGCAACAAUCUCCAUCAGAACCUGCGGUCGAUAAGAUAACUACUGCUUUCAAAAAAUCUACUUUAAAUCCCAACGCUAAGGAAUUCAAUCCAAAUGCCAAACCAUUUACACCGCGCUCACCUAGCACACCGACACCUAGUCGACCGCACACACCGCAAACUCCUCAGUAUACAGGAGCGACUAUGCCCGCGACCGUUGUUAUGCCGGCAUACGUAACGCCAACAGCUUUUAGUCAACCACCUGCUCAACAAGUGGCAAGGUUCCGGAAGGUGCCAAUGAUGCAGCAUCGUGCGCCAGAUAUAGCAUCUCAAAUGCAAGUGGCCGCAGCAACGGGGCAGCCGUUACUAGCGCCAGCUAUACAUCCAUUCCAGGUGCCUUAUCCAGGACAGCCGUAUCAGCAAAUGGUACGAAUGGUCCAGGCACCGCCGCCACCACACAUGGCCACUCCAUACCAUCAUCAUCAUGACUCGCAGGGACCGCAAGCCCCCGGUAUACAAUAUAUGGGUCCCCAUACUCAUCCACAUCCUCACGUAACUCAACAGCCACCUAGCCAAACGCCGUCCCCGGCCAAUCCAAAUCAACCACACACUCCGGGCGCUUAUAAUCCACCCGGUACUCCGCAGCCUACGUAUCCCCAACCUCCACCGCAGAGUCACGCGCCGAGUUAUCCCAUCAUGUGCCCCAUUAUUCCGUCUCAUAUACCGUCAAUUCCUCCACAACACAUGCAAUACUUGCCACCACAGCCACCUCCGGGGGCGCAACAGACUAUACCCGUUAUUUUACCACACAAUCAGUAGCCGCGACAUAAAAUAAAGAAAGAAAAGGAAGAGCGAUAGUAUUCUGAAAAGGUAGGAUAAGACUUUCAAAAUUUGAUUUACUUUCACGAUGGCACGUCGAUCCACGUGGCUUCAAUUCGCGCGCUCUCCAUUUGUUCAACCAAUCGAUCGCUAACGACAUAAAUUAAGCAUCAAUCAUCAACUUCCUACGUUGAAAUGAUCUGUCGUAUACACGUCAAACUUUCCUUUGACACGGAGAGAAAAAAGAAAGGCAAUACUUUCAACCGGUAAUCAACGCGAAGCAACGAUAUCCGGAAUGUUACUGUAAACGAUUGUAAUCGAUUGAAUCUAGUAAAGCUACGACUGAAGAGUGUUAACCAUCUUGAAAGUAACCUGUUAUUCAAAUGUAGGUCGAUUACUGAAUGACCUAUGGCCUUUAUUAUCGAUUAUCUUUAAUUUUCCAAAAACUUUGAUUAUUUUUUAAUCAAGUUUUAAAAUUGUAAAAUGAUAGUUUUAUCAUUACGCAAUUAUUUCGCCAAAUUCUCCCCUUUCUCCCUCUCCCUUUACCCCAAGACUUGACUUCGAGUUAGCAUGUGUAUCAGGUAUUGAGAAAGAUCAACGACUUUUUUGACGAUGUGUAUUUUUAUCGAGUAGUGCUCAACAUGUUGAAGAGAAUACGAGAGACGGCUCGUUUAAUAGGCGUAUGUACACAUUACAUAUUUUACACAUUCAGAAGUUUCAGUUCUCCCUUGUAAACAUAGCUUGCAUUACUUUCAAGUCGAGUAACAACCACGAUUCAGUGGAAAAGAUAUCGCACGCGAGCUCGUCUUUCUUUUUUCUCUUCUUUUUUCUGUUGUUUUUAAUCGAGAUGAUUGAAAUUACAUGAAAAUAAGAUAUAAUGGAAGUAUAUGGAAUAUUUUUCUGCCCAUGACUGGGUGUUAAUUCCAUUCAGUAAGGAAAAAUUGAAGAAAAAAAAGAUAGGACGAUCGCGACUCCAAGUUUGAUUUGAAUGAAGUGAGCGAUAAUUAAUGGAGCUGAAGAGUGUGCGCAGGUCUUGCAGGGUAAAACACUAGUGAAAUAUGCGAUUCUGCGAUUUGUUGAUAAUGAGUUUUGUUACGAGAUGUUGAUACAGUGUGAGCAGGAUUUUUGAACGCGAAAGAUUACACCGAGUAUGCGAGACUACAACAUUUGCACAUUUGCGACGAAUCGUGCUGACGUUAACGGUGCGAACAACAGACAUUCGAGAGGUACAUAAUUUGCAUGUUUUCAACCGAGUUUACUGUCCAAAUUUCAAUUACACUUUUUUUCAAUAGUAGACACCAUUAUUAUAGUUUGCAUUAAUGAUUUGCGAUACGAUCUGCGUUUUCCUUUUUAUGCAUCUCUCAACAAUACGUGACACAAAAAUGGAAAUGAUGAAAAGCGCAUUACUGGAGAAAAUCGAUACAAUAUUUAAACUUAUUAUGGCGUAAUACGAAUAUUGAAAAGUUCCAAAAAAUUUCAUAUUGUUAACUUUGUUGCUCUUUAUGGAAAUCCAAAUUGCUAAAGAUUGGCACACAUCUGUGCGAGAUGUUGAAAAAACCGCGUGACGAAGAUUUUAUAAAGCACAUUUUAUAUUUAGCAAUUUUUUUACGAGCGACGCUUAUCAUAAAACAUAUAUGAGUGAUUUCAGUGAGAAAAGAAAUUUUGUGCCGAACGCUGCUUAGCAGAAAGCUGGUGGAGCGAUAAAUUAGCGUAUCGCGAAUCGAAUUGUUAAUUAUGUACCUCUUAUCAAUAAGUAAAAAAACGGGCAUGCUCGUGAUAUCGUGAAUUUGAAAAUCUAUCUGAACGUAGCGUAUACUGCCAAUUAGGACAAGGGAUUAGAGAGCAGAGGAAAAAGAGCGAAGCUAAUAUCGUUACUCUUGAGUCGAUUAUCGUGCACAGUCGUCAACUUUUUUUCUCCAACGGCAGACUCUCUUUCCCGUUCCACGAUCUCAAAAUAAGGGAGAAUAUUUGUUCGAUUUGAUUCAAAAGGAUAUUUAUAUAUACCGUACGAUUAAAUUUAUAUUAAUCGCGUAGAAUAACAGAAUGAACAUGUUGCGCAUUGUGUGAUUAAGACGUUUGGAAAUGGGGAGGAGGUGGAUCGAUAAUGAAAAGAAUAUCGUUGGCCAAAUUCAAAAACCUUCCAACUCCAUUUUUUACAUUUAAAUUGAGAUACUUAUUUCGUACAACUUGUGAUUUGGCAUCGUUUUAAAAAGCUACCUCAGUUUCAUGAGAAAAUAGAGUUAGGAGGUUUACAAAUUUGGUUGACGACAUAGAAGUCGUUUAUUUAUUUCCAACUGAAGAUGUGUAUGAUGUUAGACGACCUAUCGGAACAUUAUACAAGACACCUUUGUGUCAUAUCGAAUUAAGUCAAGUCGAACAAAAUACUUCCCUUUUCCUUUCGUAAUCGCCACUAAUCUCAAUUACCCUUUGUAGAAGGCUUUGUUCAGAUGAAUUUUUGGUUCACGCUAAAUACCGAUUGGGAAAAGAAAGUUAAACAACUACGGCCUUAGACCUAAUCGUGUAUAUAAACGGAAGGAAGCAAAAACAACUUUUGCCUGAGAGAGACAGAUAGUUGAAUGUGAAGCAUCGUUAAACAGAUUUUAUAUUAAAGAGAUUUAAAAAGAAGAAAAACAUCAAAAUAAAAUCAAUACGUUAAAAACCAA